CUAGCUGAGUAGUUCUGUUUGAGUGUUUACAAACUGUAUUCCAACGUGUUGGGGCUAUGCUAGCUAGCGUGUUUGCUUGCUCGUUAGCUUUGUUGUUUACAUGAAUAAAACAGCAUUAAAGUAUCAGUGCUGAUAAACAUGGUGAUUUCAGGAGCCAGACUUCAGCUCUUUAUGGUUCUAACUGUUAUUUUACCCCUUAAUUUACGUUCCCAGAGCGUUUUACCUCCUACUGAUGUUAGCAAUUCUGCUCCCACUCAUAAAUAUAAUGUAACAGUAGCUGAAGAGUCUCUCAAUGAUUCAGUGGAUUUGAAUGGAACUGAUUUGGAGGACUUGUCCACUCGAGGGAUUCGAUCUAAUACCUCUACUGAAGCUCCAGCACCGCUGAUUACUGCUCUGCCUACAGUCUACAGUCGAGUACAGACAACAGAGGAUUGCCAGUGUGACAUCACGUCAGAUUUCUGUGAUAUCGGCUGCUGCUGUGACUUUGUGGACUGCGGCACGGCCGACCUGAGCUCCGUGUUCAACGGCUGUAAACAGGAAACACAGGAUGGAGUUUGCAUCGAGAACUGGCUGAUGUUUCGAGCUAACGUGGAUCCAGAGUUGGUGACGGUCACAGAUUCACUCUUCUGUGUUCGGAAAGGAAACGGUUCAGAUAUUACAGCACAGACUCCUUUUGUCGCCCCUGAAGGUCCGACGUCCAUCUCCUCUCCUCACUUCUCACUGCAGGAACCUUCGUCCAGCCUCGCUCAGAACUCAGACUUUUACAAGGUUGACGACGUCAUUCUGACCUAUUACACCAACACGUCUGUAGUGAGCGCGCUCAGACAGCCGUCUGCAGGAUCAGCUUCUUCUUCCUGUCUCGAUCGCAAUCCAGCAAAGUUCCUGCGUUCUGGAUCGUUCUGGUGUUCCCGUGUUGUUAGUGCUCAGUCAUGUAGAGCAGAGGGAGACGGAGGUCUGAGUGUUUUCUCUUAUUUCACUGGUUUCAGCCUCCUUAAGGUUCCACGUUUAUCAGAAGUAAACAGUCCAAACCUGAUGAUCCCAGUUGUUCCAGUGGUGAUCCUGCCUGGACCUGGGGAGCACAAUGGAUCCUGUUUGAACGUGGUCUCCAAGGUGGAGUAUGUGAUCACGUACACCAGCGCAGGAGAAAUUACAGAAGCCGCCAUAAGAGCAGAACUGACCAAUGCUAGAUUUGGGACACAGCUACUGCAACAACAUGCCAUACAAUUUCAGCUGGCUGCACCUUCACCGUCUCUUCCUAAAUCACCAUCGGGGGGCUUGUUGUUUGGAACGCCACUGAUUGGCUGGUUUGGUGGAGAAUCCGGACCUUUGACGAUCCAGGGUCUUUCCUCAGGAGGCGAGUGUGCUGCAGAGCUUCCCCGAACUCCCAUUCUGUUCAACCACAACACCAUGACCGGCUGCACCUUCAGAUCUACGAUACAGGACUGCGCAUCGCUAAGGGACCAGAUCUACAGAGUCCUACGUGGGGCCACAAGCCCUGCUACAGUCGCCAUGACAGCAGGAUCAGAACCACCAAGGAGCAGGGUCGUCGUACAGGGGUGUCCCGAGCCGAGUCCGGAUGAAGGGUGUGAGACGAGGUGUCUGCUACCAGUCUCUCUGUCUGUGAGGAUCCUUUGGGCUCAGAGAGGAACGUUGGCGCUCCCUCAGAAUCACGUCCUCGGGGUCAAGUACAUCUUCACCUGUCAGAUCCUGAAGUGUCCCAUCAUUUCUGCUCUCCCUCUCACCACUGAGGUGAUUUUCUCCGAUACCAGCAUUUACCCAGAACCCCCCAGGGCUGAGCCUCGUCCUGAAUGGAAGUUCCCGUUUGGGUUUUUCUCCGGAGGUGCAGAUGAACUGGAUGUGGAGUAAAGCAGGAUUAAAUGAACUCUUGUUCUUCUA